GAGCUUCGCUGCGGGGUUUCGUGACAGAAAGAACCGCAAUCCUUUCAAGGAAUCAUGGGUUCUCACAGCUCGAGCCUGGACGACAUCCUGGAGGAGGACAUGCACCACUGGUACACCAAAUUCAUGAGGGAGUCUCCUUCAGGACUAAUCACGCUGUUCGAGCUGAAGACGAUGCUGGAGAUGAACGGCAUGACGGAGGAAGCCAGCAGCUAUGUGGACCAAGUCUUCUUCACGUUUGACAUGGACGGGGAUGGAUACAUAGACUUUGUCGAAUACAUCGCUGCUAUAAGUUUGCUUCUGAAAGGAGAAAUCAACCAGAAACUAAAGUGGUACUUUAAGCUCUUUGAUCAAGAUGGAAAUGGAAAAAUCGACAAGGAGGAACUGGAGACUAUUUUCAAGGCUAUUCAGGACAUCACCAGGAGCUACGACAUUCCUCCAGAGGAGAUUGUGACUCUAAUAUAUGAGAAAAUCGACGUCAAAGGAGAAGGUGAGCUGACGCUGGAGGAGUUCAUCAGCGGAGCCAGGGAGCAUCCCGACAUCAUGGAAAUGCUCACCAAAAUGAUGGACCUCACGAACGUCCUGGAAAUCAUCAUCAAAGGUCAACGGAGGAAAGUGGAGGACUGACAGGAGAGGAUAGGUCUCUGAACUCUGACGAUCCCAUGUGUUGCCGGGGGAAAGAUUCUUCCCUGCUUUCCUUAACUUUUUGUGCUUUUAUUUUUUAAAAUUGGAAAAUCUUCCACGUUUGUUGAUUAGGUGUCAGUUAAGGGGAAUCUGAUUCUCAAAGUUCCCAUGGGUCAACUUUUGCGCAAAAAAUAUGCUUUUAAAUAAGUUUACUCGAUCGAUAUUUGUUGAGAAAAACUCAUUUAAUGUCAUUUUUGAUUCGAGUUUCAGCACGCUCAUCUGUUUCUUUUAGGAUUUUAGCAUCUGAAUGUUCAUAAAUUAGUCCGAUUGCUUUUCUUUUAGUUGUUGAAGUCCCCAUUUAAGAUGUGGGGGCUGAUUAUAAAUGCAGUAACUUAAUGCAAAAUAAGGCUUUCUAAAAGUACAGAAUUUAUUUUGCUAUUAAAUUCACAUUGUUGCCUUCAAAAUUAGGAUUUUUAUUUAAUUUUUUUGGGGGGGAAAUAAUU